GUUAACUGUAGCCUGCUGCGGGUUAUAGCCUACAGUAAUGUCCUGCACAGCACGCCCCAUAUACCACAACGCCAAACAAAUGACCGAAUUAUAUUUUACCAGAUUAUCAACAGCACUGGCAACAUUAUUUCCAUGUGACACUCAUUUGUGUCAUAUGACCAUGAUAACGGUAGGUCAUGUGACUAGGUGGUUUUGUUUUGCCUCUGGAGAGCAGGCUGUAUUUUUUGUUUUAAAAUCAUCUUUAGUUCAUUUCACAGAUCAAGGACGCUGAACAGCCCGAUACACUAAUGUCAUCGUUUCUGCCGUACAUUGUCUCCGCAAAUGUAUGUUACUGCAUAACUAGUCUACAGACUUCAUAACCGCUGUUAAACUUACAGAUGAAGAGGCCUUUAUGAAUUCUGAAUCAGGAGUUCAUAGAAACUCGGCAGCACAGAAUCGCAAAACGUGGCAUUACGACAGACUGUUCUGCGCUGCACCUCUAUAAAUUUUCCUCUUCAUUGUAUUUAUUCAUUGUUUGACAACACUGACUGUUAUUACAAACCGCAGUAAACGUAGGUUUCGUUCAGCCGUGAAGAGUGCAGGAAAGAACUGUAAUAGACCAGGCCAGCUAGCUGGCUAACUAGCCAUCUUCAUGGUGGGGAAUAAAUUGAUUGACACAAUCUGAACUGGACUGGCAGAAUGAACGGUACACAGCAGAAUGACACAAAAAGACAGCAUCUGCUGGAGAGGCUGCUGGAUGCUGUUAAGCAGUGCCAAAUCCGCUUUGGGGGAAGAAAGGAGAUUGCCUCAGACUCCGACAGCAGGGUGAUCUGUUUGUGCGCGCAGUUUGAGGCCGUCCUGCAGCAUGGGCUGAGGAAGAGCCGGGGCCUGGCCCUCACCGCCGCGGCCCUCCGCCAGGCCGCCGGCCUCUCCAGCAAGGCCGAAACAGAGCUGUCCUUUUGGUUCUGUGUGAAGGAGCACCUGAACCGGCACGAGCUGCAGCGCUUCUACUCUCUGCGCCACAUCUCCUCUGAGCUGGGCCGCGGCCGGGCCUGGCUGCGCUGCGCCCUCAACGAGCACUCCCUGGAGCGCUACCUGCACAUGCUGCUGGCCGACCACACACGCCUCAGUACCUUUUAUGAAGACUGGGCUUUCAUCCUGGAUGAAGAGAGAGCGAGCAUGUUACCCACUAUGGCUGCAGGACUGAACUCCAUCCUUUUCGCCAUCAACAUCGACAACACUGACCUGAACGGGCAGAACCGGGCGGGGCCCUCGGUGUCCGAGCUGCUGAAGGAGUCGACGCAGGGCGUGAGCAGCCUCUGGAAAGAGUCCACCCAGGGCGUGAGCACGCUCCUGCGGGAGAUCAGCAUCGCCACCUCGGUGCCGGGAUUCAGCCCCCGCCCCGACUGCCCCUCUGAUCCGCUGCCUGUGCUACCCCGCAGCGCCUCUGCUGACUCUGGCUUGAGGAAAGAGCGUCGGAAGAAAAAGAAAGUCACCAACAUCAUCUCCUUUGAUGACGGUGAGGAUGGGGGCGCAGAGGAAGAGGACGAGGACAUUGGGCAGAGUCUGAGGAAGGGCGUGGCCGCUCACAGGAGCUCGGAGGAGGACCUGGAUCGCCGUGUCCCCUCGCCCACGCUGAACGGCGCGCUGGAGCCCGGCAUCGUGAGCUGGGGAGGAGACCACGCCCACAACGGCGCCCCCCUCGACUCCAAGAGCGUCGACAACGAAGAGGAGGAAGACGACCUGUACGGCAAGAGCAAGCCAGAGCCAGAGGAAGAGCAGGGAAAUGGAGAACAAGUGGUGGUGGGGAGCCUGUCCAGCGUGUCCACGUGGAGCCCCCUGCAGAUGAUCAACGACAACGACAGCUCCGACGUCCUCAUCCCCCUGCCCUCCACGGACUCCUACUCCCAGACGGAGAAUUCGGCGGAGCCCGUGGGCUUCCGGGGGGAGGCUGAGAGUGGCGGCGCUGUGACUGACCCCCCACAGACACGACCCCCACUGCUGUUCAGUAUGGAGCCCAGCCCCCCAGUCCAGAGCGCCCCCCUGAGCACCAUGCUGCCCACCCCGGGCCUGCCGGAGUCCAUGACAGUGGUUGAACUACGUCAAGCCAUAGUAGCAAUGAUGAACAGGAAAGAUGAACUGGAGGAGCAGAACACGUCUCUGCGUAGUUUAUUGGACGGGGAGAUGGAGCACUCAGCUGGACUUCGACAGGAAGUGGAUGGUCUGAAGAAGCGUCUGGGGGAACUGGAGGAACGACACACAGCCAAAGUACAGGCCCUCGGCAGGGAGAACGAGGUGUUGAAAGUCCAGCUGAAGAAAUACGUGGGCGCCGUCCAGAUGCUGAAGAGAGAGGGCGGCCAGAGCAAUGAUGUUCCUGCCCUGACAGAAGCUGAUGUCAGCCCUGUUUAUGCUGCUCUUCCCCAGCUGAGAAACUGUGACGGCCCCCCGCUGGCCCCUCAGCCCAAGUCGGUGGGUGAUGUGGAGGAGCUGGCCUCCAGCUACGAGCGCAAGCUGAUAGAGGUGGCUGAAAUGCAUGGGGAGCUGAUAGAGUUUAAUGAGCGACUCUACCGCUCGCUGAUGGCCAAAGACCAUCUGAUCAGCCAGAUGAGGCAGGAGCUGAUCGACCUGCGGGGCCCGGUACCGGGCGACUUGAGCCAGACGUCUGAUGACCCCAGUUUAUCGGAUUUUGAGACUGCCCAUCGCGCCCUCAUCAAUGUGUGGAUCCCGUCUGUCUUCCUGCGAGGACGAGCUGCUAAUGCCUACCAUGUUUACCAGGUGUACAUCAGGAUCCUGGAUAACGAGUGGAACGUGUACCGCCGCUACACCGAUUUCCGCGCGCUGCACGGCCGUCUGAGGUCACAGUUCCCCCAGGUGGACACCUUCAGCUUCCCACCCAAGAAAGCCAUAGGAAACAAGGAUGCCAAGUUUGUGGAGGAGCGGCGUAAACAGCUACAGUGUUAUCUGCGCAUGGUCAUGAACAAGCUGAUUCAGACUCUGCCCGAGUUCUCUGCCAGCCCCACCAAGGAAACACUGCUGCAGCUUCUGCCUUUCUGCCAGGACACCUCGCAGGCUAACGAAACGGGAAGCAAACCGACCCGCUCCAGAGUGUCCUCCAGGUUCCCAAAACUGGGCCGUAGCCAGAACCGGGAGUCCCGGAACCCUGAACCACAGAGUGGGGACCUUUGACCUCUCAUCUGUAAGACCUAAAGACCUGAGAUUCACUAUGGACCCUGUUCCAGAGAAUGGUGGAGCGAGGGAGAGGGAUGGGAGGAUGCACCUCUGUUUCCAGAGCUGCUGAUGUAUGCUGCCUUGUGACUUUCAUGGAAGGAAAUCCAGCUCCCUCCUCAUUCCAGGAUGAUUGAAUGACCACAGUGAAAGACUAACAGGAUCUAAGACUGUAAUAGAUGGAAGAUGGGUUUUACACAAUUUUAUUGAAUUUUGUGGAGAAAUGUUAUUAAUCAUUGUGCCUACAGCAGAUUUUUUUCACAGGUUUUCUUUUUUGCUCAGACAAAAGAGGAACUUAUUCUUGCUGUACUAAUUUUUUAAGCUACAUUGAACAUUAUAUUGUGGUGCCAAAUGGAAAAGCUCCUGUCCAGUCCCUUGCAGGAACACAGUGUCAAGAACUCAUCCUUUUGUUUCUGCGAAGCUGUGAUUGUUCAGGUCUGUUAGGCACCAACAAUGUAACUUUAUCUAAUAAUGCAUUUAUCCUAAAUGACAGCCAGGCCUAGUGUGGGUCCUGAUCUGGAUCCUGCAGUUACUAAAGUUGCGAUUGUGAUGUAGUGAUAUAGCAAGAAACAAUAUAUACAUUUAUCGUCGAUGAAUGUUUUAUGAUGGUGAAAACUUGAAAAGGCUGCUUGAAGACUGAAAUGCAUGUAAAUCAGAAUGAUCCUUCCCCUUAUGCAGUUUGUGUGUCACGUUGUACACAGUGAGACACAGAGAGCUCAACAAAAGUGUGUGUGGUGUCAUUUCCAAUGACCCUAAGAAUCUGUCUUGUUGUUGAGUAACAGUGCGUACUGUAUAUAGCCAGGGAAGGAGGACCAGUAUUGAAAUCGUAGUUAGUGGUAUCAGCUGUGGUAGGACUGUCAAUGUUAGAGGCACUGUAGCUGACUAUCGACAAUGUAUUAACAUCAAUAGGGGAAGCUGCCGGAAUCUGUUCAGAUUAAACAUUUAUGCUCUCUCGUCAUUUUAAGCAUAAUCAUAAAGUCUUAAAGAAAUGCAUAACAUAGUGUAUAACCUCCACUAAUGGCAAUAGGUUAGCACAUUGUCUCUUAACCUCAGAACACAAUAAUAAACAUUAGAAAUAAAAACAGUAGACAAACUGUUGUAACCUUAAAAUACAUGGUUCCUUAUCGAAAUAUCUCUUCCCAAUGUGCAAAUACAGUAUGUCGUUUUCCUGUCAGUAAAUAAAAAGUGUUUGUCUGUUCACCUAUCUGCUCCUGCACUCUCGAGACAAAUCUUCAGCCAAUACCUGUAAUAACCACAUAUGUAAUCUUUAAUGUUGCCAUUUAAAUACCACUAAUGUGUUGACUGUCACUCGCAAUCCAGGGUGACCUGUAGCAAUUUAUUCAUAUCAGUCAGCUACUGCCUUCUGUUGGCUUCACAUGUAACCACUGUCUGUAAUCAGCAAUGCAAUUGGCCUUCAAAUGAAUAAAAAAUUGGAGUUGGAUAAAAGUGUAA